UCUUUGAGAUAGAAGUAAACGCCAACGCCCCUCUGUCAGCUCCUUAAACCCUCCGUUCCUCCUCCCUCGUUCCCUCCCUCCACACACACUCACACACACAUUCAGAGAGAAAGCAGCGUUUCUCUGGAGCUGUUGGGGUCGUGACUGAACAUUUCCCGGAGAUUUCUACCUCGGAGAAGUUGAUUCACUGGAACAAAUUCCCCACAGAGGGACUACUUUUCCUCCUGUUGCUCGGAUUAAUACCAUUUUCCUUCGCGUCGUCGGUUCCAGUCCAUAAAGACUCCAACUCGAACACACACUCGGUGGGUUGAUAAGUUUCUACAACAUGGGGGAUAGCGCGGCCAGCACCGGGGCCAACUGCCUGCAGAAGCUGAAGGGCUACGUGAACACACGGAAGGGAGCGAUCCUGGCUGCAGAAGCGAUUGUCAGCUUCAUCAUCAUCAUCUGCUUCGCGGCCUCUCACUAUGGAGGAUACUCCUCGCUGGCCAUCUGCGAGAUGAUCUUCGCCAUCAUCUUCUUCGUUAUCUUCAUGAUGGAGAUCGACAAACAGAUCCUCGUGGUCAACUGGGUGUGGAGCGAUCUGUUCCGUGCCGGUAUCGGUGCCGUCCUCUACAUCAUCGUCUCUCUGGUCUCUGUGAUUGGAGGAGGCGGUGACGGCGCUCGUAUCGCAGGCGGGGUUUUCGGUUUGAUUGCUGGUCUGCUGUUUGCCUACGACACCUACACCAUCUUCCUGGAGAUCAAGGGCAGCAGGCAGCACUCUGCAGCCUCCACCGACGACAAAGUUUAAACCUCUGCAUCAGGCGUGGAUCAGAGAGGACGACGAACAGUGAAAACGAAGAGGUCACAGUUUAAUGCCGCUGUACGCUGUGGACAGACGGGGGACAGUACUGAACAUCUGUGCCUGCACGUCAACCUUUACUCCAACCUCAAUAGAGUGGUGCAGGAAUGAGUCAUGAAACCUAGAAAUGAGUUAGCAUUUUAGCACUUCCUAUUCCCUCGUCUCAAAGUCAAGCUUUUUUUAUUAUGUGUUUUUGUUAGAAGCCUGAAGUAAGAUCUGUGGUUAGAACAAGCUGAGGCCAUUUUAAAGAGCUCCUAUUAGGCUUUUUGGGGUCCCCCCCCCCACCCCUUCCUGAAACACCUCCAUUGGACUCCUUUGUUUACUUCCUGAACAAAAUGACAUCACUAGGUAACACUCACACUUCUAUUGACUAGCUCUCCAACACAUUGUACAUGAUAGGCUAAGGGGCGGGACAUCUCUAAGGAGUUGACCAAUCACAACAGAGCCAGCCAGCUAACCAAUCAGAGCAGACUGGGCUCUGGUUUCAGACAGAGGGUGAGAGAGGCAGUAUGAGAAAAAUAAAGAGCUUUCUGAACAUUAAAUCUUUCGACUAGUAAAAAAUGUUGUGUUAUUAUGUGGAGAUUAUCCUGAAACGUUUGUUUGCCACCGAUCUUAUUUCCCAAAUCCAAUGGAAAAAAACCCAUUUAUUUUUAGUCAAGGGAACCAGGGAGAUGCUGCCUUCAGGGUCCGACUACAAAAACACGUCUUCACUGCACCACUCUAUGCACCACUGAUUUAAGAAAGGGAAACUGUAAAUAAUAGGCAAUGGUUGUUUAAUACACAUGUCUACUGUUCAUGGACUGCUGUAGUAACUUCACACAUGGAUGGGUAGUUUAGGUAUUGCGUAACAUCAUAAUUCAGUGUGUUAUCUGUGUUUUCAGUGGUUUGCCAAACACUUCCUUUUUCCGUUAUUUAAUCUUUGCUCUUUAGAGUGUGUACGGUGCCUUAAAGUCAAAUUAACCAGUUUCUAAGUGUCCUACAGUCAGCAGUAUCCUGGCUGCACUAAUUCAGUUAACAACAUGUUAAGCACAGUGUCAUCGUCCACUUUGAUUUUUGCUCAGGUUCUUUUCAUUUCUUCCAUUUUUAAAGUGUAGAAUAGAUUUCCGUUGACAUUUUUUACAGUCCAAUAGUAACGUACACUUUCUUUUUAAAGAGGCAGUUCUUUAAAAGAAGGAUAUAAUACUCUCUGUAACUGUUUCGUCUUCCCUUUGGGGGUUAUUUGUCCAAGUAAAACUUUGCCUUGUUAUGAUUCUAAUUUUUUUUUAUAACAUGCUUUACAAGAGUCUGCAGUUUGUCAUUUCAAGAUUCAAAGCAGCCUUGCUUUUGGAAAUAAAGGCCAUUGUUACUACAAAGAAAA